ACGUAGGUAGUUAACGAGUAAAAUUAAUUAACAACAGGUGAUGGGGUCCUGCAACAGUUCCCUGCAGUUUGAGUUUCCCCUGCAGAGGAAGUCAGGGGAGUAUGAAAUUAUACAGGGCUACAGGUGUCAGCAUAGCGUGCAUCGAUUACCAUGUAAAGGAGGCAUCCGGUAUUCUUCAGAAGUAAAUUUGGAGGAAGUGAAGGCGCUUGCUGCUUUGAUGACGUACAAAUGCGCUUGUUCCAAUGUCCCGUUUGGUGGCGCCAAAGGCGGUGUGUCCAUAAACCCAAAGAACUACACUCACGCGGAACUGCAGAGGAUAACCAGACGGUACACUCUGGAGUUGGCCAAGAAGAACUACAUCGGAGCAGGUAUUGACGUGCCAGCCCCCGACGUGAACACGUCCGGCACCCACAUGUCCUGGAUCGUGGACACCUACAUCAAGACUUUGGGUUUCAGGGACAUAAACGCUGCGGCGUGUGUGACGGGAAAGCCGAUCAACGGAGGCGGCAUCCAUGGCAGAGUAGAGGCCACUGGAAGAGGCGUCUUCAUGACAAUAAACUUCUUCAUCCACGCCCCAGAGUGGAUGAAACUGAUCGACUUGGAGCCUGGCUUUCAGAACAAAACUGCCAUCAUCCAGGGUUUCGGCAACGUGGGCAGUUACACGGGCGUGUACCUGGAGAACCAUGGUGUGAAGGUGAUAGGCGUGGUGGAGUUCGAUUGCACCCUGGCCAACCCCGACGGUAUCAAAUGCAGGGAACUGCAAGAUUACAUGAAGAAGAACCGAGGUAGCGCCAAGGGCUUUCCCGGCGCUAAGGAUGGGGGCAAAGAUCUGAUGUUUGAGAAGUGCGACAUCCUGGUGGUGGCUGCCAUGGAGAAGGCUAUCACUGUCGAGGUCGCUAAGAAGCUCAACUGCAAGAUAAUAGGAGAGGGCGCCAACGGCCCCACGGUGCCGGCGGCCGACAGCAUCCUGCGCGAGCGCAAGGUGCUGGUGCUGCCCGACCUGCUGGCCAACGCGGGCGGCGUCACCGUCUCCUACUUCGAGUACCUCAAGAACAUCAACCACGUCAGCUUCGGGAAGCUCAGCAUCAAGUUCUGGAGGGAUUCCAAUACUGCUCUCCUGGACUCCGUGGAGCAAUCCCUGAAGAAGGCUAGCGUGCAAGCCGAGAUAAAACCCACGGAGCUGUUCCAGACCAUGAUAUCUGGAGCCAGCGAGAAACAGAUAGUCACCUCUGGCCUGGAAUACUCUAUGAGCAACGCUUGUAAGAACGUAAUGGACACAGCCAUAAAACACAAUUUGGGACUAGAUCUGCGAACAGCGGCGUACAUUACGGCUAUAGAGAAAAUAUUUGUCACAUACGACGAACAAGGGCUUACCAUAUAAGUUAUACGUACGUGUAAAAUAACGAUCGAGACUCUAUAAUAAAAUUGGAGUGUAUCGAAUUUGUGUGGUUCGUUUAUUGUUAUGUGCAUACAUACUGACAUGCAUAGGUAUAUACAGGGUGACAUUUAAAACAACUG